GGAAGUGUGCACGAUCCCGCGAGAGGGAGAGAAAGAGAGAGAGAGUGAAGGAGGAGGAGGGACAGAGUUACUCAUUAAGCAGAAAACCAAGUUCAGUUCAGUGUACACACACACACUCACACACACAGGCACACAGGCUGAAGGCAGAGCUCGAGCGCGGCGAGGGGCUUGGAGCAACGCAGCAGGCUAUGGCACAGGGUUCCGACAGCAACGACACCAGCUACACCCGGUCCCCGUCUCCGGGCAACAAACAGGACUCCUCAGAUGAUGUGAAGAAGGUGAUGAGGAGAGAGAAGAAUCGCAUCGCGGCCCAAAAGAGCCGACUGCGGCAGACACAGAAGGCCGACAGCUUGCACCUGGAGAGCGAGAGCCUGGAGAAGGAGAACGCUGCCCUGCGCAAGGAGGUGAAGCAGCUGGACGAAGAGGCCAAAUACCUGUCCUCCGUGUUAAGCAGCCAUGAGCCCCUCUGCUCGGCGCUGCUCCCGCAGUCCUCUGACAUCCUGUAUUCGCCCCACCAAGGGGCCUUCCACCAACCCCACGUCGCCUCACGUUACCAGCACUGACCACUGUGGCCGUGGCCGACACCACGCUCUACGUUUUUUUUUUUUGUUUCUUUUUGUUUUUUGUUUUUUUUGUCCGUCCUAAGGCAUGGAAAUCAGAAGGCCAUCCUUGAUCUCUCCCGCAUCCCUCCUUGACUCCAGAUUGUCCAGACCGUUAGGUCUUGUUAGGGUACGUCUGCAAUGAUCUGGCAUGAAGCUCCACAUCUCCAGUGUCAUACAAGUAAACAUCCAAUGAACGUUCCGUUCAACUUUUUUGCCGUUCAAGUUGAUAUCAGAAAUCUUGUGGCUUACCAUAUGCUUUACGUGUAACUGAAUUCUCGUUAUGAUUUGGAAGGUUUUUUUUUGUUACUAGCGAAAGGAUCACUUGGUGGUUUAUACAUUCCAAACUAUGUUUUCUCUAUUAAACUAAAGCAACCACUGAUAUAUUUAUGAGAAAAGUGGAAACGUGAACUCAGUGACAAUGUUGUAUUUUCUGAAACUGUUGAAGUUUUUUCUACACGAGUAGUCUAAUUUUGAAUGUCUUAUUUAUAUAGUGAUUUUACGUAAAAACUGUGGUGUUUAAAAACAACCUGAUCUGAAUUACCUUUGAAUUAUGAUUCAAUUUCAGUAACCGAAAUUGUCUUGGAUAUUCAUUGGGAGUGUUACGGUUGAGUCAUCUUUACUAGAUGCAUGCUAGAAAAGUGAAAAUGGGAAUAUGGAAUUUGAAACAAAAAAAAAGUGCUUUAUGGUGAUCAGUUUGAACAGAGAUGUUUCUGGAAGUUGCAUUCAUUGUAAAAGAAUGUUUUAGAGUUAAUAUUUUAACUCACUGAAUACCUCGGGCUUUAAGUAGGAACAUAUUGACAAUGCUUGAUUGUAUUGUAUAUAGAACAGUUUUAGAAGCAAAUAAUGAUGUAAGUUUUUAAAUUUAGGAAGUUACAUCAAAUGUCAGAGACAAGAGACUCCAUUUAAUAUCCCCAAAUUUAACACAAUGUAUGUCCUACGGUCCCUUAAAUCACUCGGUCAGUUUCUGAGUGAAAAACGUGCGCGUGAAUCGCUGACAUUUUUACAUUUACAGGUUACGGGGAUAUUAUUUGGCUUCUAUUGUCAUGAAAUGCCUGUGUGCUAAACUUGAAAAACAUGUUAAACCCAAUUUCGAUGAUGUUGUAUCAGCACAGUAGUAUUGUGAUAUAAUGUGACGUAUUUCGCAGAGGUACUGUAGGCCUAUAGUAGAUACUGGCGCGCUUGCAUAACAUCGCAGGGAAUUUUGUGACCGGUUUCAAUCAUUCCAAACUCAAGGUAACAGCAGUUAUUCCUGAACGGUCGAACAUCAAAGAAUUCCUCUAAUUCAAUGCAGUCACUUCAUUAAAACAGUAAUUUUCAGAUAUUUUUCUUUUUUUGUCCAGUGCCAAUAUGAUUGCCGACUUUAUGUUUUCCGCUUAUGUAAGCCUUAUUGUUCUGGUCCAAACAAACCUAGAAUGUUGUAUUUUUCUCACUGAGCGACGUGACCCAUUUGAGAUGUACACAUUUCGGAAGCGGCUCGUACGCCAGGCCUCGUUCUCUUU